UCUGCUUCAGCUUGUUUCCUGCAGAUUUUCCUCUUGUAUUCAUAUGGAAAUAUAGAGCUCUGUAACUUGGCCGUCAUGUCUUAUGACAGAUAUCUUGCUAUCUGUUAUCCUCUGCAGUAUAACACACGUAUGACAUUGAAAAAGUUCGCAGUACUGAUUGCUGUAGUGUGGUUAUUUCCAGUUAGUAAAGUUGCGUCCAUGAUAUGUCAGACUGCUAUGUUACAGGUGUGUGUGAACAUUAUUCCCAAAGUGUACUGUGACAAUUACUCCAUUGUCAAACAGGCAUGUUCUGACACAACAGUGGACAACAUCUCUGGCAUUAUUUACACGAGCCAUAGUACUGUAGGUGUAAUCUGUUAUACGUAUGUGAAGAUCCUUAAAGUCUGUUUCUCUGGCUGUAAACAGACGAGACAGAAAGCUCUCAGCACCUGCACACCUCACCUCGCCUCUCUGCUCAACUUCUCCUUCGGCUGCUUCUUUGAAAUAAUGCAGGGUAGGUUUAAUAUGCGCAGUGUGCCCAACAUAGUACGAAUAUUUUUAUGCUUAUAUUUUCUGACAUCCCAGCCGCUCUUUAACCCUGUAAUAUACGGACUGAAACUGUCUAAAGUUUAUACCUUAUGUAAACAUCUUGUCUUGG